UAUCUGCCACCCCCGUUGUUUUUUUUUUUUUUUUUUUUCCGCCUCUGCAGUGGCACCAGCUUAUGAUCCCAGCUACUUGGAAGGCUGAGGCAGGAGGAUUUUAGUUUGAGACCAUGUGAGCAACUUAGCCAGAUCCUGCCUCUAUACAAAAAACGUUUUUUUAAAAGGGCUAGGGUUGUAACAGGCGGUUAGAGCAGUUUCCUUACAUGCGCAAGGCCCUGGGUUCAAUUCCCAGUACUGAAAACAACAACAACAAAAUAUUGAAAAAAAACCAAACAAAAACAAAAACCACUCUCUCUGGAGAGGGAGACCAGCAAAACAAGACAGGCUGGCAGAACGUGUGGAGCAUUAGGUGAUGGUGAUGGAGGGAGAUGAAGCAGUGGGGAUGUGGGCCUGGCCGUGGGCUACAGUGGUCACCAAGAGCCAAUUUGAGAAGACAAAGUGGAGCAGACAGGAAGGAGAGUCAAUAUGUGUAACCAUCUGGGCAUGGAGGCGCACACCUGUAAUCCCAGCAACCCUGGAUGAUGAGGCAGGUCUCCCUUCUCCCCAUCUGCCAGAAAUGGAGGCAAACCCGGCAGGCAGCAGCGCCGGGGGUGGUGGGAGCAGCGGCAUCGGGGGCGAGGACGGGGUUCAUUUCCAGAGCUACCCAUUUGACUUCUUGGAAUUCCUCAACCACCAGCGCUUCGAGCCCAUGGAACUGUACGGGGAGCAUGCCAAGGCCGUGGCAGCCCUGCCCUGUGCCCCCGGGCCCCUACCUCAGCCUCCGCCCCAGCCCCCACCUCCCCAAUAUGACUACCCACCCCAAUCUACUUUCAAACCCAAGGCGGAGGCUCCUUCCUCCUCCUCCUCCUCCUCCUCCUCGUCCUCUUCCUCCUCCUCCUCGUCGUCCUCCUCCUCCUCGUCGUCCUCUUCUCAAGCCAAGAAGCCAGAUCCGCCCCUGCCACCCGCUUUUGGGGCCCCUCCGCCUCCGCUCUUUGACGCUGCCUUCCCUGCCCCACAGUGGGGCAUCGUUGACCUCUCGGGGCACCAGCACCUGUUUGGAAACCUGAAACGAGGAGGGCCUGCUUCUGGGCCGGGGGUAGCACCUGGGCUGGGUGCUCCAGCAGGUGCACCGGGGCCACUUCCAGCCCCCUCGCAGACCCCACCAGGACCCGCCGCAGGGGCGGCCUGCGACCCAACCAAGGAUGACAAGGGCUACUUCCGGAGGCUGAAGUACCUGAUGGAGAGGCGCUUCCCCUGCGGUGUGUGCCAGAAGUCCUUCAAGCAGUCCUCGCACCUGGUGCAGCACAUGCUAGUCCACUCCGGGGAGAGGCCUUACGAAUGCGGCGUCUGUGGCCGCACCUACAACCAUGUCUCCAGCCUCAUACGCCACCGCCGCUGUCACAAGGAUGUGCCACCAGCUGCUGGGGGUCCACCACAGCCUGGACCCCCACUCCCUCAACUGGGUCUCCCAGUCCCCACAGCCAGUGCAGCGGCUGCUGUCCCCACCACGGUUUCCUCUGGCCCCCCAGCCACACCUUCCGCGCCUGCCACCUCUGGGGAUGCCAACACCGCCCCCACUGCCCCUGCAGGCGUUGGCGUGCCCCCUCCGUCCACUGCGGGUGGUGAGGGCCCGUUUGCCUGCCCACUCUGCUGGAAGGUGUUCAAGAAGCCCAGCCACCUUCACCAGCACCAGAUCAUCCAUACGGGCGAGAAGCCCUUCUCCUGCUCCGUGUGCAGCAAGAGCUUCAACCGGAGAGAGAGCCUCAAGCGGCACGUGAAGACACACUCCGCAGACCUCCUGCGCCUCCCCUGCGGCAUUUGCGGCAAGGCCUUCCGGGAUGCCUCCUACCUCCUCAAGCACCAGGCGGCCCACGCGGGGGCGGGGAGCCCUCGGCCGGUGUACCCUUGCGACCUGUGUGGCAAGUCCUACUCAGCGCCGCAGAGCCUACUUCGGCACAAGGCUGCCCAUGCCCAGCCUGCGGCUUCGGAGGCAUCCAAGGACGGUGCUGCCUCUGUCCCGCAGCCCCCACCCACCUUUCCCCCUGGCCCCUACCUCCUGCCCCCGGACCCACCCACCACAGACAGCGAAAAGGCAGCAGCGGCUGCAGCCGCAGUGGUAUAUGGCGCCGUGCCAGUCCCACUCCUGGGUGCCCAUCCGCUGUUGCUUGGUGGGGCAGGGACCAGCGGGGCUGGAAGCUCUGGCACCAGUGUCCCAGGAAAGACUUUCUGCUGCGGCAUCUGCGGGCGUGGCUUUGGGCGCCGGGAGACCCUGAAGCGCCAUGAGCGCAUUCACACUGGAGAGAAGCCCCACCAGUGCCCCGUGUGCGGGAAGAGGUUCCGCGAGUCCUUCCACCUGAGCAAGCAUCACGUGGUGCACACCCGCGAGCGGCCCUACAAGUGUGAGCUCUGCGGCAAAGUCUUCGGUUACCCACAGAGCCUUACCCGUCACCGCCAGGUUCACCGGCUGCAGCUGCCCUGUGCCCUGGCCGGGGCCACUGGCCUCCCCACCACCCAGGGUGCCACAGGAGCCUGUGGGCCUGGGGCUUCCGCCGCGUCUGGGGGGCCCUCGGAUGGGCUAAGCUACGCCUGCUCAGACUGCGGAGAACACUUCCCAGAUCUCUUCCACGUCAUGAGCCACAAGGAAGCCCACAUGUCAGAGAAGCCGUACGGCUGCGAUGCCUGCGGCAAGACCUUUGGCUUCAUCGAAAACCUCAUGUGGCACAAGCUGGUCCACCAGGCUGCCCCAGAACGCCUGCUCGCACCCACGCCGGGUGGCUCCCAACCCCCUGAUGGCUCCAGCGCCACUGAUGCGGCCAGCGUGCUGGACAACGGGCUGGCGGGAGAAGUAGGGGCGGCUGUGGCAGCGCUAGCAGGAGUGUCUGGGGGCGAGGACGCUGGUGGGGCUGCAGUAGCCGGGGCCGGUGGAGGUGCCAGUUCGGGUCCUGAACGCUUUAGCUGUGCCACGUGCGGCCAGAGCUUCAAGCAUUUCCUGGGCCUAGUGACUCAUAAGUAUGUGCACCUGGUGCGGCGGACCCUGGGCUGUGGCCUCUGUGGCCAGAGCUUCGCGGGCGCCUAUGACUUGCUCCUGCACCGCCGCAGCCAUCGGCAGAAGCGGGGUUUCCGCUGUCCGGUGUGUGGGAAGCGCUUCUGGGAGGCAGCUUUGCUGAUGCGCCACCAGCGAUGCCACACAGAGCAGCGGCCCUAUCGCUGUGGUGUGUGUGGCAGAGGUUUCCUGCGCUCAUGGUACCUGCGGCAGCAUCGCGUGGUGCACACCGGUGAGCGGGCUUUCAAAUGUGGCGUGUGCGCCAAGCGCUUUGCACAAUCGUCUAGUCUGGCAGAGCAUCGGCGGCUGCACGCAGUGGCUCGGCCCCAGCGCUGCGGUGCCUGUGGCAAGACCUUCCGCUACCGCUCCAACCUGCUGGAGCACCAGCGGCUACACUUGGGCGAGCGCGCCUACCGCUGUGAGCACUGUGGCAAGGGCUUCUUUUACUUGAGCUCUGUGCUGCGCCACCAGCGCGCCCAUGAGCCCCCGCGGCCCGAGCUACGCUGUCCCGCUUGCCUCAAGGCCUUCAAGGAUCCCGGCUACUUCCGUAAGCACUUGGCGGCCCACCAGGGUGGCAGGCCCUUUCGCUGCUCCUCCUGUGGGGAGGGCUUCGCCAACACCUAUGGCCUGAAGAAACACCGUCUGGUGCACAAGGCCGAGGGCCUGGGGGGCCCUGGAGCAGGGGCAGGAGCCCUGGGGAAGGACGCCUGACCCCAGAGUUUUGUCUGCCACUCCAGUCAGAUGUCCCUUCUUGACUCCUCCCUCCUAGGGCUGCUGAUCAGACUCUUCCCCCUCCUUGCUGUCACCUGUCCUUCUGAACUUCAGAUGUUUGAGUCUCCUUCAGGGCACAUGCCCUACAAAUCAAGACUGAAUCACUCCCA